GUGACGCGGCGCAGACAUGGCGGCGGCAGCAGCGCUCCGGAGCCGCCGGUUCAAGUGGUCGCUGGAUCUGGGGGCGGCGCCGGGGGCACGGCCCCGCGGAGCCGCCGAGGGCCGCGGCCCGCUCGGGUUCGCAGACCGGCAGCUGGGGGAGGGCGGCGUCCACGAGAGCGACAAGAUCCUCAUGGAGAAGCGCUGCUGGGACGUGGCUCUGGCACCGCUGAAGCAGAUCCCCAUGAACCUGUUCAUCAUGUACAUGGCCGGCAACACCAUCUCUAUCUUCCCUGCCAUGAUGGUCUGCAUGAUGGGCUGGCGCCCACUGCAGGCCCUCAUGUCCCUGUCUGCCACACUGAAGGCCCUGGAGAGCUCAAGCCGGCGGGCACUGCAGGGUCUUGUGUUCCUGGUGGGCAACGGGCUGGGGCUGGCACUGGCUCUCUACAAGUGCCAGGCCAUGGGGCUGCUGCCCACCCGCCCUUCCGACUGGCUGGCCUUCGUCACCCCCCCACAGCGAAUGGAAUUCACUGGGGGGGGCCUGAUCUUGUGACCCUCUGCGCCCACCCACCAAUAAAGGCAGUGGCAGGAUGGUGA